AUGCGGAAAACCCACGCUACGAGGUUUUAUGAUGAUAAACCAGAUAUUUCAAAUAACGGGAACAAUGUAAAGAAUAAACCGUUGUUUCUAAGUAUACUUAGAGGUCUUGUCUUUCUUCAUCAGGGAUUGGCUUUCAGUGUAGCAUCUGUGUUAUCAAUAACACCUGAGAAGAGGUCAAUUAUAUCGAGCCUUUCAGGUCUGUGUUUUCACUUGCUCAAACCGAGUAAGCAACAUUCCUUUCUCUUUGAGAAACUACCAGCUAAUUGGACUGAAGUGGGGAAUGCGGUAGCGGCAUAUCGUUUAGCACAGAUCCGGCAGGGGCAAGACUCUCCUUGCAGCCGAGUGCAAAUCCGAAUUCAUUUUUCGUAUUAUAGUCCAAGAUAUGCAAAAGUAAAGUACUCUAUCGCUAGUGCUGUCAAUAGCAUAUGUAAUGAACAAGUAACAUCAACUACAACUACCGAAGGUAAGGCAACACUCCUAGCGCUAAGAAGCAUAGAAAGCCCUCACGCGCGCACUCUAUCAGACUAUGAAUUUCUUACCUUUCCCUAA